UGCAUAAUUCUGGAAAUUUCAAAAGCUAAAUAUGGAUGACAGAGACACUCAAGAGGCCAGUCAAGAGGUGAUGAAUGGCAGUGGGGCCUCAGGCAGGGAAUCUGAUGAAAUCCCUGAGAAAAUUAUUAUUGGGAGUGGGGCUACCAGUGGGCGAAGUUCAGCUGCAAUAGAAAUAGAUGACAUGGAAAAUGGCAAGGAUUUGCAUGAUGAGAAAGAAGACGAAGAUACCGCUGAAUCAAGAAGUCAGAAUGAAAGUGCAUACAGGUCACCAAUAACUUGUCUUCAGGCUCAGGAAAAUGAGUAUGAAGAUGAUUUUGACACUGAAUCAGAAGAUGAGGAGAGGAGUGAUGAUAAAAGAAGACAGAUGGAUGGAAGUGAUGAUGAUGACAACAUAGGCAGUGUCAGUGAUGGAGAUGGAGAUGUUUCCAUUGAUAAUAUUCAGAAUGGGUAUCUGGGACUGCAAGAUAAAGAAAGGGCUCCUAGCUCUAGCACUGAUGAACUUAUGGCUGGCUACAAAGAUGGGGGCUCUGUGGUUAGUGACAUGUUUUCUGACUUCACAGGACGAUACCACUCCCAGCCUAACACCUCCAAUUCUGACCCCAUGUCCACAAAUCUUGGAUCUAAAUUUGACCGUUUGAGGUCAGCCUACACUCGUCCAUCAAAGCAAAAACCACCAGCUCAUUCAGUUGGACUGCCACAAGUUCAAAGGUCAAGGCCAUCCUAUGGUUAUUACAUGGAACCUGAUGAAUCUAAGAGAUUAGAGGACUCCGUGCUAAGAGAUAGGGAGGAUUUAACAGUCCUUGGUGAGGACAACCAACCAUCAAAGCUUCCUGCUCGAGUCAGGGAGAUCAUCACCAAGCACCUGCCUGCUGAGGACCCAGAUUAUACCCCACCAAGGAUGUCCACCACUCCCACUGUCUCACAGCUACAGGAGGAGAACAGGCUCCUCGCUGCAGAACUCAAUCGCGUUGAGGACCUGCUGGCAGCGAGUCGAGCUGAGAGGGAUGAGUUAGGAAUCAAGUACAAUGCCAUCAGUGAUAAGUUGGAGCAGUCCUUGAGAGGACAGGGUGGUGAAUCUUUAGAAGCCCCAUCCAAAAACCUUGUCCAGCAAAAUAUUGAGCUACGCCGUAAACUUGAAGAGGAGCACGCAAGCUACAAACGAAAACUACAAGCUUAUCAAGACGGACAACAACGGCAAGCUCAGCUUGUUCAAAAGCUACAGAGCAAGCUUUUACAAUACAAGAAAAAAUGUACGGACUUGGAAGAUGUUAUGCGCAGCAAAGAUAUUUAUUGCCAAGUUACCAAUCAGAAGCUCCAAUCCACAGAGGAAUCAUUCAAGAAAAGUCUGGAAGCUUCCGAGAGCCGCAACAUGGACUUAGAGUCCACACUAAUAAAGCUCGAGGAAGAGCAGCAAAGGAGUGCCAGUUUGGCCCAUGUGAAUGCUAUGCUGAGGGAGCAGCUGGACCAGGCAACCGCUGCUAAUCAGUCCUUGACCUCUGACAUCCACAAGCUGACCCAGGAUUGGCAGGCUGCCAGGGAGGAGCUGGACCUCAAAGAGAGGGAAUGGCGUGAAGAGGAACAGUCCUUCAAUGAAUACUUCAGUGCAGAACAUGGUCGACUUCUGGCUCUGUGGAGACAAGUCGUGGCCUUCCGUCGAGCAUUUGGAGAUCUCAAGACGGCAACGGAGCGUGAUUUGUCCCACGUUAGGAAUGAUGUGACCCGUGCCUCCAGAAGUAUGCACUCUGCCUGUCUGAAUCUGGCUGCCAACCAAAGAAACACGGACACUCAGUCCCAGGUGUCCUUGGACCGCGAGCGAUCAGACAGAGCAGCCUUAGAGAACCAGCUGAGAGAGAAGAGCCGUGAAAUCGCCGAACUUCAAUCUCGAUAUGAUGCUCAUAGCUAUGAACUGAAUGCCAAGGUUAAUGAGCUGACUAUGAUGAAUGAAAAGCUGAAGAUACAGCUUGAGGAGAGAGAGAAGUCGACGCAGUCCCUGCAGAGACAGAUUAACAAUCUGGAGACCAGACUCGGCGAGAGAACCAGCUAUGACCUGCCAGAAACUGACACAGCCAGGCAAAUCCGUACUGAUAAUGAGGCUCUUCAUGAGGCUCUCCGUAACAUCGCAGAAGCUGUCAUUAAUGAUGCUGAGGACUAUGAAGAUGAGGAGGGUCGUAGGUCAAUUUCCCCAUCUAGGGCCAGGUCUGUCUCUCCAUCAGCCAGGGCUCGAUCUCCGUUGCUGAGGGACCGUUCCAAGUCACCGAUGGCCAGAGCUAGAUCCCCAGCAAUGGCUGAUGCUACCUUCUCUGCUGUCCAGGCAGCUCUAAACAAACGACAGCUUCAGUUAUCUGAGGCCCGUGCUAAACUAAAGGCCAGCCAGGACCACAAUGCAGCAGUCAGGAAGCAGAUGGAUGACCUUGACAAUGAGCGUCGUCGUCUCGAGUUACAGGUUCUCCAACUGAAGGAGGAUGUGGAUAUUCUGAGAAGGGAAAGAGAGGAUACAUCUCGAGAUCGUGACAGGGUGAAGAAUGCUCUGAGUCUGACCGGCAGUGAGAAAUCUCAGCUGGAGAAGAUCAGGAAUGAGCUGAAUGAGCAGAUUGAGAUUAUGCAGCAUGAGAAUGAGAAGCUUCAGGCCGCCAACACCGACCUCCAGAGACAGAGAGACCAGUUAGAGGACGAGAAAGAGGAUAUUACAAAAGACAAGGAGAGACAGAUCAAGGAAAAUGACAGAUGUCACCGAGUGAUUGACCAGCUGGAGCACAAGAAUAGCACCAUUAAGGAGGAGCUGGUCUCCACGAAGGAGGCUCUUAAUAGAGCUCUCCUGGAUAAGGAGGUUCUGGAACAACAGAAGGCUGAAGUCAGUGAUGCUCUUUCUAAGGCUGAGCUUCAGAAGGCUGAGCUGGAGCUUGAGAUAAACAAAGCUAAGACCGAAGAGGCAACACUGAAAGAUGCCCUGCUGAAGAUGCAGGCAAUGAAUGAAGGCUUGGGUCAGGACAAGGUCGAACUCAACAAGAUUAUCAUGCAGAUGGAAGCAGAGAAGGCGAAUCUGACAGGAGAGAAACAGGCUCUGGAGAUGGAGAAGACAGGCAUCAAAGAGGAGCUGGUACGAGUCGAGCAGGAGAAGAUGGACCUUGACACAGAAAAGAUGGGUCUGAACCAGACUCUGGAGUUGAGUGAGAUGACUCGUCAACAGUUGGAGGAGGAGAUCCAGGCUCUCAACAGAGAGAAGGGUGACAUCCAGGAACAACUCUCCUCUGUAUCUAGACAGAAGCAGGCUUUGGCAGAGGAGUUGUUACAGGCUCGGCGUGAAGUAGAAAGACAGACUCAGAAUUACGUCAAAGUGGCAAAGGAGAAGGAGAUCUUGACUCAGGACAAGGGAGAACUUAUUGUCCAGGUUACUGCCACAGAGCGUGAGAAUCGCCAACAGAGUGAGGUUAUCUCAUCCCUCCGCAGUGACAAGGACAGUCUGGAGAGCGCCCUUUAUGAAUCUCAGCAGUCUGAACAACAAUUAACAGUGAGAAAGGAACAACUAGAGGGAGAGAACCAGGAACUGAUCCUUAGAAAAGAGAAUCUGCAGAGUGAGAUCAAUCGUCUGAUUAAGGAGAAAGAGGCUGAUCUGGAGAAGUUUGAGCACAUUAAGGAGGACCUUCAGAGACGAUUGGCUCAGCUCGAGCGUGAAAUGCAGCUGGCACUCACACAGGAGAAACAGGCCCAUGAGGAUGAUGUUGAGAGGCUGGUCAAGGAAAGGGAGCAGCAGCGCCAUGAGUUUGAGACUGAGAGAGAUGAGAUGGUCCACCAGAAUGCCAUGGAGAAAGAGGAAAUGUUGAAUCGAUUUGACCGUGAGCGGGAGGACCUUCAGAAUGAACUGGCCAACCUCCAGAGAGAGAGGGACAACCAGCUAUUGAUGGCUGAGAAUGAUAAACAACAGACUAUGUCUCUCCUUGAACAAGAGAAGAGCACUCUAGCUGAGAAGAACAAUAACCUGACAAUGGAGCUGGCUAAUGCUAAUGUCGAGUAUGAGCGACUGAAGCGUGAGUACCACGCUCGCCAGGAGCAGGACAGGAACAACAUGAAUGGACUCAACCAGGAACUCAGAAACCUCAGAGGACAAUUUGAGGACACAUGCAUGAACCAUGAGAAGGAGGUUAAGGAUCUGACCAAUCAAAUCAGAGAUCUGGAGAGACAGAGGGAGGCUGCCCUGAGAGAGGUUGCUGAUCUCAAGACUCAACUCAAACUCGUGGAGGAAGCUCGAGAUAAUGUUCGCAGAGAUCUGAUUGACUCCAACAGGAAAGUCAGGGAAGGUGAGGAGAUGAUGGAGCUGAUGAGGAAGGAUAUGGUGGAGCUGAAGAGAAACCUGAAUGAUGAAGUCAGAGAGAAGGAACUGUUCUCCAAGACUAAUGAGGAGCUGAGGGCCACUAUUAAAAAGAAUGAGACAGACAAGAUCGAGCUCAACAGGGACCUGUGUGAUCACAGACAAAGAUGCAGCAUCCUUGAAGAGCAGAAGGCUAAUGUUCAGAAAGAGGCUGGUGACCUGAGAGCUAGUCUCCGAGAGGUUGAGAAAGCCCGUCUUGAGGCCAGGCGUGAACUGCAGGACCUCAGACGCCAGGUUAAGAUGCUGGACAGUGAGCGAUCUAAACUUGGUAAAGAAGUGGUGGAUCUACAGGCACGUGUUGCAAAGGAUGAAGAGAAAGAGGAGGAAGGCAGGAGACAUGCCUUUGAUCUCAAACAGAAGGUUGUUGAGACAGAGGCUAGUCGUGAAGCUGUACGAAAAGAACUUGCUAACCUUCAGCGUAAGAUGGGUGAAUUGAUUGAUGAAUCCAGACUGAAGGAAAAAGACUACCAGAUGGCCCUUGAAGACAGUCGCCGUCUCGAGAGGAAACUGGAGGACCAGCGCCGCAACCUGGAAAUCAAUCUUGAGAACACCAGUGCUGAGGCUGCUGAACUCAAACUGAGACUCAGUGGAUCAGAGGGAAGAGUUAAUGCCCUUGAGGCCCAGCUUGCUAGAAUAGAGGGCGCUAAACAGGAUGUUGAGUUUAAACUUAGCAGCAUUGUGUCCAGCCUUAGGAGAACCAUUGGAUUCAGCCAGGAAAUGCCCAGGGCCAGAAGUCCAGUGAGAUCCCGUAGUAAGAGUCCUAGAAGAUCCAGACCCAACUCCCCAUCUAAGGGAUUUGACAAUACUUAUGCCACCACCACUGAGGGUCGUGGAAGCCCCAUACCAAGGACUGGUUCCCCUGAGAGAUCUGGCAGCCCUGUCCGUACUUCCUCUCGUGGAGUAUCCCCUGUCAGGUUCGACAGAGGUGGAGAAAUGAAUGCCUUGGAUGUAGACCCAGAGGCAGUCAGAAUGGCCCUUAGAGAUUUCGUACAACAACUUGCUGGAGCCGAGAGAGAAAGGGAUGAUGCACUUGCCAAUGUACGUAGCAUGGCUGUCCAGCUGAAGGAAUUAGAAGAGGAGAAGGAGAGAACAGAAAGAAGACACCAGAUCUUACAGAAGUCUCUAGGAGAUGUAGAGGAAGACAAGAGAGGAAUUGACAGUCGCCUCGCCAGUGCCCAGACUGCACUGAUGUUACAGGAAGAAACCAUCCGCAGAAAUGAAAGGGAACGUAAAGUCAUGGCGGACAAGAUCAAUAGCCUGGAGAGAAGUCUGGCGGCAGCAGAUACGGAGAAGAGACAACAGGAGGAGAAGAUUAACAAGCUGCGAGCUAAUGAGGCUAGACUGGAGGAAGAUAAGAAGGCCCUGAGACUGGCCCUGGAAGAUGCCGAUAACCGCUGUACCAAAUUAGAACUCGGAAAACGAUCUCUGGAGGGUGACCUUCAGAGAUUCAAACUGGUGAUGAAUGACAAGGACACUGAAAACCAGGUGCUCCAGGAUCGCAUUGAGAACCUGAACAAACAGAUCCAGAAUCUGGAAUCUAAGUCCCAGUCUCUACAGCUGACCAUUGAUAGACUGACCGCCAGCCUCCAGAAGACCGAGGAGGAGGAAUCUAACCAGAAGGACCGUGUCCAGUCCCUCAAUCUGACCCUGUCAGACAACCAGGCCAUCAUUAACGAGCUCCAGGAAAGAAUUAGUCAGCUCCAGAAAGGACUCACCAGCAGUGAGCAUGACCGCCGAGUCCUUCAGGAGAGACUUGAUUCCACCAGACAAGCUUUGAAUGAAGCAAAGAAACAGAACCACAAUCUACUGGAGCGUGUCCAGGGACUCCAAAAUGAAGUGGCUGAUAACGAUGUUCGUAGAGCGGAACUGGAGGGACAACUUCGUCAAUCACACACAUUGUUGGUGCAAAGACAAGAACGAGAACAGGACUUGAAUCAGAACAUCCAGAAAAUCAGUAAUGAGAAGCAACUGCUGCACGAAAGAGUGCAGGAACUCUCCCGAUUAAUGGCCAAUCUCGAGACAGAGAAAUCUGAGAUGGAGCGUUCAUCUGCCAGACUCGAGAAAGACAAGUCUGCCUUGAAGAAGACAUUGGACAAGGUUGAAAGAGAAAAGCUUCGCACAGAGGAGCUUGCCAGCAAAUCUGUGUUGGAGAAAGGAAGUCUUGACCGCACACUGACCAGAUUGGAGGAGGACAAUACUGACCUCCAGAAACAGGUCCAGCAACUGCAGGCCCAGCUGGCCGAGGCAGAGCAGCAGCAUGCUCAGAGGUUGAUUGAUCUGACCACCAGACACAGAGCUGAGACUGAGAUGGAGACAGAGAGACUGAGAUCAGCUCAGAUUCAAGCUGAGAGAAUGCUUGAAACUCGUGAGCGUGCUCACAGAGCCAAGGUCAAGGGACUCGAAGAGACGGUUGCCACACUGAAAGAUCAGCUUGCCACAGAGAUGAGGAAAAGGCAGCAGUACAUCUCCAGGAGUGCCCGUGUAGGAGAUGAAAUCCGGGACACUCGUGGCAUCCUUGACAGUUCUCUGACCAAUGUCACACGUGACCAGUCCUUGGACCCCCUGCUGCUGGAAACAGAAACCAGGAAGUUAGAUGAUUCCAUGAACUUCGAACGCAGUUAUCCGACCCAGUCAGCUCCCAGAAGACGGUUGAGUCCGGGGCGGGAUUUCAGCAGAAGAUACGGCGGGCUGACUUCCACUCCCACUGUCCGUCGUAGUAUGAGUCCACUGUCUCUCCGAAAGAAACUCCAGAAAUAGCUGCCUUUUAAUCAUUUAUAUAGAAAAAAAUUAUAUUUAUUUUUGCUACAUCUUGCUUAAAAUCUAUGCAAGAAUGGGUUUUUACAUGUGGGAAAGAAAGUGGUUUUGAUGACUAUAAGUUAGUGUGAAUCUUUCAUUCCAUUUGAGAAAAAGACACAUUCCAGCAUUUAACAGCAUAUUAUUGAGAGCUAUGGCAGCGGUCAUGUGACAGAAAUAAAAUCAAAUGAUUAGCUAGAUUUAUAUUUAGGUUUUAUAUAUUUUGUUGUCACUUUUAACCAGUAGUAAUGAUGCUUCACUUAAAUAAUCAUAGCAUCUGAGUGUCAUUGUGAAAAUUGGAAAGGGAAAACGUUUGAAAUGGAAAUUAAGAGUUUAAUUUUUUUUAUGUUGUGUGUCUUUAGGAAUAUAUAUAUCCAUCAGUAUUAUGUUAUAUUGUAGGUUCUAUCUGUUUGUUAAUUAAUCAUGAAGUCAAUGCUGUGAUAUAAUUACCAAUUUCAUUUUUAUGGAUUGGCUAUUUUUAUUAUGAAAUCCGUCCAUUGAAGAAAUGCUGAUAAAAGCAUGGAUCUGUUUCGUGAAGGUGCUGGCCCGGGAAGUUUGGAUUAAUUUGUCUAAAAUUUGUUAAAUCUAUGGAAAAUUUUCGCCAAUCAGUGAUCCAAGUGAUUCGGUUUGAGAAUAUUAUUUUGGAAGAAAGUGAUCCCUGCUUUUUGUAUCGGCUAUAUGGAACUAGAAAUCCACUUAAAGAACUGAGGCCUCUUGUUUCUAAGAGCAAAGAGAUGCUGUAUUUAGUUGUAUUAUUUAUUUGAUGUUACAUGUAGAUGUCUAGUUAAUGAUAUUACAAUAUUGUAAUAGAUAUUUGGCUUUGUUCCCAGCACAGAAAGUUACUAUGGUAACAAUGGAAUAAUCACUGGAAAAGUAAUUCUACUUUAACAUCUAUUGUUUUGUAUUUGUUGUGAUUUAUUAUAUGAUUUUUUUUUAUCUUGAUUCAAGAGAUUGAAAUCAAUUAAUUUUAAAUUGCGUAUUUCUGUGAUAAAUUGAGGAAGUUUCCUUUUUUAUGUUUACACAAAUUAAGGCAAUGAACGGAUUGUGAUGGGCUCCAGAACGAGUCAGAGUUUAAACUUAGUCACUUCAUUUCGUCCAGUCUUUUUUUUUUAUUUCUUUUUAGAAUCUUUUUUAUCUCUUUGCAGCAAAGUUUGCUUUUGUUUUUGAUGUUGAUUUUUUGCUAUCUCUUUUAUCAUUGUGUUUUGUACAGCUAUUAUCUUCACUUUUAAUCUUUAUUUCUUCACAGCAGAGCAAUGAAUAAAGUGUGCAUACAUUUAA